AAGGACUCUUAACUCCCGGUGUACGAGUGUUAGGCUUUUUGGAUAUUAAGCUGUGCAAUAUACUUAUUUUGAUGCAAGAUGCGACAGGCUACAUGGAUAUUUUGAAGAUUUUAUCUGCCGUAAUUUUGAUGGCAGCAUUAGGUUCAGCUAUUCCAUGGGCCGUUCAGGACAUUCUUGAGGUAUAUCCAUGUCCUGUUAAGAAUUUCAUACGUAAUCGCACUGUUAACUGCACCUGUACGCUGGCCAAUGGAGGGACAGGUCGACACGCUGACGGCACACCUUGCUUUGUGAAACACGGGGGCUAUAACGGAGAACCUGAUUACAAAGGCGGUGUAUGCCUAUUAGGAAGAUGUGCAUAUCAAAGAAUUCCAAGAGGAUGUGAACCUGUAUACAUGAGGGUAAAGUCUACUAAAGAGCAUUUCAACGGUACUCAAGUUGGCUGCGCUUUUACUUGCAAAGGAGGGAAAGAGUUCAAUUUUUUGCCGGUUGGUUGGCCAUGUCUGCACAUUCAUUCCCCGGGAUCAUACGUAAAAGGUACUUGCAAGAAUGGAAAACGUAGGAGGAGAAUUCUAUGCGUGCCAGAUGCUUUUAAACAACAGCGUUAAAAAGCGCGUCUACAGAUCAGAGAACAUAAGCAACAUAUUCAGAAUUUGGUUCCUCUGCAUCGAUAUCUGUUCUAAGUAGUUUAGUCUAUUAUGCAUUGUACUAUAAAGACGGAUUACGUGAUAAUAAACUGUGCAUUGAACGACUUCACUCGGGAAUGUGUUGAAACUACAAAACACUUGCGCAUCAGACGUCAAACAACAGAAUAAACUUUUCGCAGCAUACCCAGCUUUGCAGAACAUUUUAUUAAAAUCCAUUGCGAAUGUAACAGUUUUUUUAUC